AUGUGGCCUGAAAGCAUUUCCAAAAUUGUACAAUCAACCCAACACACCGUCGUUCAAAAGUAUCUGGAAGAGUUUUUGGUGUUAUUAUGUGAUAAGAUCAAUGAAUAUACAACUGAAUUGACGGAUCAAUCGUUGAAUUGUCCACCAGCAUUAUCUCCGUUGGACAUCAUCGAUGGAAGACUGAAAGAGUUCGUUCGUUUACAUCAUCUUGAUUUUAUCAGAGCAAAUCAUUAUCGAAUACACCAAUUCAAAGCUGACAUUCAUGAAAAACAGCUCGGGAAAGAAUUGUCGUUUUAUUUUUCGAAUGUCGAUCAAUUCGAACCAAUCAAUCGAUUGACAAGUAUCCGACAGAAACAAAUGAAAGUUUUCGAAGAAUUGACGAUGUUCGAGCAACGCAUUUCAUGCCAUCGAUUACCUACAUCUUUCGAUUCUGCCAUCAUACCUAACCUCGAUGUAAAGCAGCUGAGCAACAGUCACCUGAAGAUACUACAAGAACUCAAGAGAUUCAUAUUAAAUGUUGAAUUACAAGAAUAUGAAAACAAGAUUGAGCAUUACCAACUUUUAUAUCAAGAAGGGCUGACCGGUCUCCAGCAACAGAUUGAGAACACUAACUCAUCUCUUCCUCAACAUCAGACGAAAAUGUUACUUUAUAUUGUUCAGUCUUAUUUGACAGCUUUUGCCGAUCGACUGCUACGGCAAAUACGUUUCAAAGAAACUUGCUUCCGUGUCAAAUUAACACGACAUCGCCGUCGUCAGCAACCAUUCCUCUCAUGCAAUGUCGUUGACGUNCAAAUGUGUCACAAAUAUACAGUACAACGAGGUACAAAGCGAUGGCCACUAUGUAUUUUUUAUGGUAUGAUAGAUAUGGCGGCUCUGAAUGCUUUUAUCUUAUGGAAGGCGAAAAAUCCAGAAUGGAAUCGAAACAAGAGAUACCAACGUCGAUUAUUCAUAGAAGAACUCGGAAUUAGUUUUGUAACUCCUCUAUUGGACUUUCGUUCGAAAACUUCAACAUUUCUACAUAAAGAUAUUCAAAGUGCUUUAGCUAUUGUUAGUCAUCCUGUAACGAAAAGAAAUUCACAAGAAUCAAAUGAAGAUCCUUCACAAAAAAAAACGAAAGCGGUGUUUAGCAUGUGA